AUUCUCCCGCACGCCUCCGCUAAGCCAGGGCUUUUACCGGAUCGCUGUGGGGCCGGAUACCUCCUAGGCUUCCGGGUGAUUGCCGGAGAUAGGGCGUCCGUGCGGAAAUGGUGUUUGUUUCUGGAAACAUCUCGGCAUCUCCACAGGCUAUAUUCAAUCUGGAGCCGAUAAAAGAAUUCAUAACUAACCAUACCGUGGAUUUUAAAGUACCCAAGUCAGUGGAGUGAGGACAUGCAGCCCACUAUAAUUCUGUGUUUGUUGAUUAUGAAGAUGUCCGUAGGAAGCCCAUGACUCGGUCUGUUUCGGGUUUGAAGAGCCCCUGAGGGAACAAGGCUUUACCCUCACCUCCUUGUAAAUUUCCAAAGUCUGUGGUCAUAAGAAACCUGCCAGCGGUAACUGGGGAACUUCCUUCCUUGUCCAUGUUUUUUUCAUCCUCCAGUCAAAGGGCAGUUGCUCUUCUAUAUGGCCUGUGAAAUUAUCAAGUGGUCAAGAUGUACUACAGAAGAAGUGGAGGGAUGAUUUGUCCCCUUUGUGAUACUUCCUGACUAGCAAACGGAAAGCAGAUAGGUUGGGAAUACUACUGGAAUAUCCAGGAUAGCUUGGAUUCUACUGUAUGUUACAAUUAAGCAAUAUGUAGACGUAAUUAAUUAAAUGAACAUAGCAAUUUCUCCUUUUCAUAGUUAUAAUGUAUAAUGCUUAACUAUUUCCUUGACAAUAAACUAAGACUUAAGGAAAGGUUGAUCAGGUUAAUGAGAAGAGAAAGUUCAAGUAUUAUCUAGGAGUGCAGUAACUCUUUAGGACUCUGGGUGCCGCUGUUCACCAGUCUGGGAGAUAAAGGCAGCGCACGCGCGCGCACACACACAAACACACCGAGGGGAAAAAAAACUUCUUAGAACCUCCAUCACUGCCAGAUUGAAAACAGACUCCUGCGGCUGCCCAGAUCCUACUUCAGGACCCCUUUCUGCUCUGAAUUCUCCUGAAAAUUCGGUUAAUUUAGACUCAGAAGAGCAGAGAAACAAUACUGUUGGUGCCAGACUGGGAGAAAACUACGAAGCAAGAGAGCAAUGACGAUUCGAGUGAAGGUGCUCGGCUGCCGCAGGCUGGUCUUGCUGUUCCUUUUUCUGGGGCUGUUGUUGGAAGCCCAGGCUGGGAAGAUCCGCUACUCGGUGCCAGAAGAGACAGACAAAGAUUUCUUUGUGGGCAACAUUGCCGAAGACCUGGGACUACAACCCCAGGAGCUGGUGGAGCGGGGAGUCCGCAUCGUCUCCAGAGGUAGGACUCAGCUUUUUGCUCUGAACCCGCGAAGCGGCAGCUUGGUCACCGCAGGCAGGAUAGAUCGGGAGGAGCUCUGCGCUCAGAGCCUGCAGUGUCUGGUGAGUUUUAACGUCUUGGUAGAGGAUAAAAUGAAGCUUUUCCCUGUUGAAGUGGAAAUAAUUGAUAUUAAUGACAACACUCCCCAAUUCCAGUUAGAGGAAGUAGAAUUUAAAAUGAAUGAAAUAACCACUCCAGGUACCAGGAUCCCUCUACCUUCUGGGCAAGACCUUGAUGUGGGUAUGAAUUCGCUCCAGAUGUACCAGCUCAGCUCCAACCCUCAUUUCUCCCUGGAUGUGCAACAGGGAUCUGAUGGGUCCCAACAGCCAGAGAUGGUGCUGCAGAGUCCCCUAGAUAGGGAAGAAGACGCUGUCCACCGCCUCCUCCUCACCGCUUUUGAUGGGGGCAACCCAGUCCGUUCAGGAACCCUCCGAAUUCGAGUUCAGGUGGUGGAUGCAAAUGACAACGCUCCAGCGUUUACUCAAGCACGGUACCACACGAGUGUCCCUGAGAACGUGCCGCUGGGCACUCGGCUGCUCACGGUAAAAGCCACGGACCCAGAUGAGGGAGCCAAUGGGGAAGUAACAUAUUCGUUUCAUAAUAUAGACCACAAAGUGGCACAAAUAUUUCACUUGGAUUCUUACACAGGAGAAAUAUCAAAUAAAGAACCUCUGGAUUUCGAAGAAUACACAAUUUAUCCAAUGGAAAUUCAAGCUCAGGAUGGUUCAAGCCUCAUGGCCAGAGCUAAGGUGCUGGUCAAAGUUCUGGACAUAAAUGAUAAUGCCCCAGAGGUGACCAUCACCUCUGUCACCACUGCAGUCCCAGAAAACUUUCCUCCUGGGGCCAUAAUUGCUCUUAUCAGUGUGCACGACCAGGACUCCGGAGACAAUGGUCACACUACGUGUUCCAUUUCUGGAAAUCUACCCUUUAAAUUAGAAAAGUUAGAUGAUAAUUAUUACCGUUUAGUGACAGAAAGAACAAUGGACAGAGAACUUACCUCCCAGUACAACAUCACAGUAACAGCAGCAGAUCAGGGAACUCCGACUCUAUCUACCGAAACACACAUUUCACUGCAAGUGACAGAUAUCAAUGACAACUCCCCUGUCUUCCUGCAGGACUCCUACUCCACCUACAUUCCAGAAAACAACCCCAGAGGUGUCUCCAUUUUCUCUGUGACUGCCCACGAUGCUGACAGCAAUGAGAAUGCACGAGUCACUUAUUCCCUGGUGGAGGACACCAUCCAGGGGGUACCUCUAUCCUCCUUUGUCUCCAUCAACUCAGACACUGGAGUCCUGUAUGCGUUGCGAUCCUUCGACUAUGAGCAGUUCCGGGACCUGCGACUAAGAGUGAUGGCUCGUGACAGCGGGGACCCGCCGCUCAGCAGCAACGUGUCUCUGGGCAUAUUCGUGCUGGACCAGAAUGACAACACACCUGAGAUUCUGUACCCCGCCCUCCCCACUGACGGUUCCACCGGUGUGGAGCUGGCACCCCGCUCUGCAGAGCCUGGCUACCUGGUGACCAAGGUGGUGGCUGUGGACAGAGACUCGGGCCAGAACGCCUGGCUGUCCUACCGCCUGCUCAAGGCCAGCGAUCCAGGACUCUUCGCGGUGGGGCUGCACACGGGCGAGGUGCGCACAGCGCGGGCUGUGAUGGAUAGAGACGCGCUCAAGCAGAGCCUGGUGGUGGCGGUCGAGGACCACGGCCAGCCCCCUCUCUCUGCCACAGUUACUCUCACAGUGGCGAUGGCUGACAGCAUCCCAGAUGUGCUGGCCGACUUGGGGAGCAUGGAACCCUCCACCAACCUGGACAACUCCAGCCUCACGCUGUACCUGGUGGUGGCGGUGGCCACGGUCUCCUGCGUCUUCCUCGCCUUUGUCAUUGUGCUUCUGGCGCUCAGACUGUGGCGCUGGCAUAGGACGCGUGUGCUCCAGGCUUCAGGAGGAGGAUUAGCGGGCGUGCCCGUCUCUCACUUUGUGGGCGUGGACGGGGUGCGGGCUUUCCUGCAGACCUAUUCCCACGAGGUCUCGCUCACCGCGGACUCGCGGGGGAGUCACGUGAUCUUCCCGCAGCCCAACUACGCGAACACGCUCGUCAGCCAGGAGAGCCGUGAGAAAAAGGAUUUUCUAUCAGCACCUCAGUCUUUACUUGAAGAUAGAAAGCAAACAUUUUCUCAGGUAAACUUUGUGUAGUAAAUUUAUCUAGGUAAAAAUAAUUUCUGAGUUUACUUACUUGCUUUCGUUCUUUAGUACUAACAGUUCUCUAUUUCCCACAUAUCAUUGUAGCUUUCUAUUUACAAAUCCUGGGAAAUCAUUAAAUGUUUAUAUCCGAGUAUAUUUAUCAUUGUUCUUUCAUUGAAAAGGAGACUGUAAUUAAUCAUAAUGUAGGUGGUUGGGAUAAAGAGUUGUGGAAAGAGCACUUCAUUAGAAACAAGGAGAUUUGGCUUCUAAAGUUUUCUUGCUUGCUUCUGGCCAAAUAAUUUUAUUUUUCUGGCUUUACCAUUCUCUUAUCUAGCAAGGAUUGGGUUUGACUAGAAAAGGUCCACCAAUAUUAAUGUGACUAAUACUGUUUUCAAAUAUCCUUAAGUUAUAAACAUCUCCUAAUUUAUCCUUAAAUUUAAUGUCGAUGUCAUCUGUCAGGGUGCUGUUUUAUUUGGGGACAUUUGAAAAGGUAAAGAUUGUCUAAAGUAGUAUUUUUAAGUUGUGUUAAUAUAAAAUUAUGGAAAUCUAGGUAAGCUGCAAAUUUAAACUCUCUUAGCCCUUUGUUUAGUCAUUUAUUUUGACAUGUUUUAUGCAUGCUCAAGAAUACAUCAACUGUUUUAAGUAACUUAUGAAAUUAAGUAAUAAAAUGAAUGACAGAAAAUUUUCUGUGCAA